AUGAGAUCGACCCGUCGCAGCACCGCGACGUUUGCAGGCAAGUUGUUGCGUGCAGCUUCGGUGGCCACCGCUGCUCUUGGUCUGGCUUCGCUGCCCCAUGGCGCGUACGCCGGCGAGGGUGCGGGCGAGUACGAGGUGGUGCAGACCAACUCGCUCGCCUCGGCCAUGAUGCUGGGCCUCGUCAACCAAGACACCGUCUUCAUCCUCGACAAGGCCGAAAACAACCGCAAGAAGCUCGACGAUGGCCGACCCGUCUGGGGUGCCUUCUUUAACCUGGAGGACAACAGCGUCCGCGGUGUCGCCGUCCAGACCAACACCUUCUGCGCAUCCGGCCUCACGCUCGGAAACGGCACCUGGGUCGUCGCCGGCGGCAACCAGGCCGUCGGCUACGGAGGUGCCGGUGUUCCGUACGGCGUCAACCCGUACAACGACUACGACGGCCAACAGGCGCUGCGGCUGCUCGAGCCCCAGACCGAUAGCGGCAACCUGGUCUGGCUCGACACGCCGCCCAACACGGGAGGCCUGCAGAUGCAGUCGAGGCGGUGGUACCCAGGCAUCGAGGGUCUCGAGGACGGAAGCAUCCUGCUGAUCGGAGGCGCGACUGGCGGUGGCUACAUCAAUCGCAACACGCCCAACACCGACCCAUUCUUCCAGGGCGGCAGCAUCGACAACCUCAACGCCGGCGGCGCCAACCCCACCUACGAGUACUACCCGCCCGCCGGCAAGCCGCCGCAGCAGGUCAGCCAGUUCAUGGGCAACACCUCGGGCCUCAACAUGUACCCGCACACGUUCCUCAUGCCCUCGGGCAAGAUCUUCAUGCAGGCCAACUACAGCACCAUCCUCUGGGACCACAUGAACAACAAGGAAGAGUACCUGCCCGACAUGCCUAACCAGAUUGUCCGGGUUUAUCCCGCCUCGGCCGCCGUCGCGAUGAAGCCGCUCACCUCGGCCGACAAUUACACGCCCAGCAUCCUCUUCUGCGGCGGCAGCAUCCUUUCGGACGCCACUUGGGGCAACUACACGGGGCCCGCCGACAACAUCCUCGGCAUCCCGGCCUCCAAGGACUGCUCGUCGAUCAUCCCCGAGAUGGCCGACGGCACCAAGAACCCGAGCGCCAACUACGAGCACGAGGGCGACCUGCCCGAGGGCCGCUCGAUGGGCCAGUUCAUCCACCUGCCCGACGGCACCAUGGUCAUCCUCAACGGCGGCUCCAAGGGAACCGCCGGCUACGGCAACGCGACGUGGAACCAGGUCCAGACACCCAACGGCGUCGUCAACACCGAGGGCAUGUGCCAGGACCCCGCUUACACGCCCGUCAUCUACGACCCGUCGAAGCCAAAGAGCCAGCGCAUCUCGAACCGCGGCCUGUCGCCGUCGACCAUCGCCCGCCUGUACCACUCGAGCGCCAUCCUGAUCCCCGACGGCUCGGUCCUCGUCGCCGGCUCCAACCCUCACCAGGACGUCGUGACCAACAUGCCCACCGGCCUGACGCCCCAGGCGUUCAACACCACGUACGAGGUCGAGAAAUUCUACCCGCCCUACUGGGGCAAGCCGCGCCCGUACCCCCAGGGCAUGCCGGACACGAUCAUGUAUGGCGGUGCUCCGUUCGAGAUCACCGUCAACGGCACCUUUAUGGGCGACAGCGCCAACGCAAAGGCGGCCAACACCAAGUUUGCCAUCAUCCGACCCGGCUUCUCGACCCACGCCAUGAACAUGGGCCAGCGCGCCAUCUACCUCGACUACACCUACGUCGUCCACGACGACGCCUCGGUCACCUACACGGUCAACCCGCUGCCCCCGACGCAGCAGGUCCUCCGCCUGUUUGUGCCCGGCCCGGCGCUCUUCUUCGUCACCGUCGGCGGCGUUCCUAGCAUGGGCAAGUUCAUCUCGGUCGGCAACCAGCUCGGCCAGGCGCAGGCGGUCCCCUUCACGCCCAAGUUCGGCGCCGCUCUGCAGACGCUCGCGACGCCCGUCAACAGCACCAAGUUCACCGCCUCGAUCGCCUCGACCGACGGCAGCAGCGACUCGGACUGGAGCAUUGGCAAGAUCGCCGGCAUUGCCGGUGCCGGUGCUGCCGUUAUUGCGCUGCUGAUCCUCGGCAUCUGCCUCUGGCGGCGCCGGAGCAAUCGGGCCGACACCAAGGCGGCGGCCCGCAACUCGGCCGCGCCCUGGACCAGCCGCGACGUCGGCUCGGGAGCCGAGUACAAGCGAGUCCACACGCCCGUCGGGUCCAUCCGCGGCGACGUCAACGGCGCCUUUGGCACCACCUCGGCCAACGAGAGCUCGCACACGUUUGAGAGCUACCGGAUGCAGGGCGUCGGCGAGAGCAAGGAGGCGCUCGGCGGCUACUACGACAGCCCGCGCGGCGGCCAGCGCAGCCACGACUACAACCCGAGUCCGCUGGCCUACCAGUCCCCGACCUCGAGCGGGCCCCGCAGCGGAGACCCCGGCUACCAGCAGCAGGGCUGGGGCGAGCACAUGGCCGGUGACGCCGGCGCCUACUACGAGGACAACGCCGACCGCUACGGCGGCACCUACGACGACUACCCGCAGCAGCAGCGACAGUACUACGACUCCCCGCAGGGCGGCUACUCGCAGUCCGGCUCUGGCCACUACCAGCAGCAAGAUCAGAGCUACUCGAGCUCCGGCCACCGGCACCAGGACCAGAGCCACUCGGGCUCCUACGCGCGCUAG